AUGGCCUUAAGAUUUUGUCGUAAAGUACAGACAAAUCACAGUAAGUUUUAAAUGAUAUGUUUCAUGAACAGUUUCCUCGGCUCUUAGUGCAUUUUGUUGAUUUUUCCAGAUAUUCUACCAUCACAGUCGAGGCAACUUCUCAAAAAUUAUCUACCAUGUCUUUCACGAGUGUUCUGUCUCAAAACGUCCUCUGCCAGUUCAGCGAGUGGAGUUUCCCAACCAAAAAUUGAUAGGUAAACAUUCACUUUUUAUACAUUCAAUGUGUUUUUUGUAUUUUCCGUGUGUAUUUUCCCUUUGCCGGCCCAGAAGGUCUAAGAAAGUGAGCUUCUCGAUCGAUCGAGGUACUCAACAAAGUCAAGUGGUUUCAAGUUACGUAACUCCAGAUGCAGAUGGAAAGAACAAUAUCCAUGCAACUUGGUUUUUCUUUGCUGGGGUUCUACGCAAAGUUUGUCUUCAUGACAACAAAGGAACAGAUAAGUAGUAUCUAUUCAUUUUUUUGUGUUUUUUUUUUUCAGUACAGUGCAAGUCGGUUCAAAGCCAAAGACUGGCGUAAUGCUAUUGAACAUGGGUGGCCCCGAAACAACAGAUGAUGUACAUGAUUUCCUAUUGCGACUCUUUUCUGAUCGAGACCUCAUGGUGUUACCAGCUCAAAGGUCUGUAGACUACAAUAAACAAGCUUACAUAUACUAUGUGAUCACUCAUUUCUCUUCCUAUAAUAAGAACACUUUUGAGGAGAAUGUUAAUCAGAUGGAGAGGAGAAAGUCGUUUACGUCACAUCGCAAAAUUGGCAAGCAAAGCAUGUUGAGUCGUAGUCUGGAGACCCGGGGGGGGGUACUUUGGGAAUUUCUGGGUGGGGAUGUGCCGCUGGGACCCUGGAACCCUUAACCUAUAGCAGAGCUAGUUCAGCUGAAUUUUGCUACGCUAUACUAGAGUAAACUCCCCAAAUCCCCCCUAUUUUAGAGUAGCUGUUUUCUAGAAACCACUGAGGUCACUAGCACAGUCUAGCCGAAACAAAACCUUAUACCACAGUCCAUAGUCUGGCUAGAAUCCUCAACUAACUGAUCAGUUUCCUGAAAAAAUGAUACCCUAUUCUAGACCCAAACACUCUGAUUUAUAUACCCUAUCCUAGAGUAAACUGCUUGAAAGCCAUACCCUUCACAGCGGUACAUACCUAUAUAGCCCAUAUAUGGCAGUACCCCGGGUCUGGAGAGGGGGAAUGGUGGCAGAGCCUGUAGACAUGCCUUUGAUGCCACAGAUCUGCUAGCACCAGCUAUUAACUUGUCAUUGAAAUGUCUUGAACAAAAGAGUUUUCUGCUGUCUCAUCCAGUUUUGUGCCUUUUUUGCCAGCCCCACUGUGGAGCCAAAUCCAAGUGAGGCUAUUCCUGUGCAUGAUUGCACUCAGGAACAAAACAGUAGUCCAUACAUUUUUUUUCCAGCAUUUGACAAUGCAAAUGGAUAGUGCAAGUUAUUAACAUGCACAUGCAGCAAAAGGUUAAUUUAAAUGCAAUUUCUUCUGAUAAAAUAAACACAUUUUUUUUCAAGUUGCUAUAUGUGUUAAUAAUAAUAUAUAUUUGACGCUUGUAGCUUUUAAUGGAUGAUUUACCUAUUUGUCCUUUUGCUUUUUUUUUCUUAAAUUAAUGGAUCACAGUAAAAUGGCUGCCUGGAUUGCAAGAAGAAGAACUCCUAAAAUACAAAAACAAUAUGAGAAAAUUGGUGGAGGUUCUCCCAUCAAAAUGUGGACUGAGAAACAGGGUGAAGGGAUGGUCAAACUGCUGGAUGAGAUGUGCCCUGAAACUGGUAAACCUUUCUUUCAUUCUACCUCAUGGUAUAAUAUUAUUGUGCCAAUAAUUAUAAACAGUGAAAGGUCAUUUCAUCAUGGCUUGACUGACAGAUCAAUUACAUCUCCAUUUAAUUGACCAAUCAGGUCAAUAACCAUCAACUGACAUGGUACAACCCACUCUGACUCUGAAGAUGACUAUGCAGUUUGUAUAAUGUAAAUGACACAGCUCAUAGUAUGGCGCAAUCCUAUCAGAUUUGAUUGUUUGAAAAUAUCGCGGAUUGAAGUCGGUAUAAAUUUGGGGGUAUAGUGGCUUUGUUUGUGCGAUUUGGCACAAUUUUUAUGAUGAAAGCAAAGCAAGAUAAGAUGAAAUGUUACAACACUUGAAUGACAAUACUUACAUUUACAUUAAUAUAACAAGAGAAAAACGCAAAAUCCGAUGUUACAGCAUUUACAACUAUUUAAACCUAAAAAUGUUUUACAAAUUUGACUACUAAUUGCAAAAUUGCAAAUUAAAACAUGAUACAACAAAAAUAUGAGGAGUCUGUCCUACUAACUAAAAGGUGCUUUGCAUUUCCAUUAUAAAAGUGUUAUUAUAAAAAAAAAAGAUGAAAUGUUUGUUUUAACAUUACUCUCUUAAUUAUUUUACCUAAAUGUAAAUCAUAGAGAAAUCUGGUCACCAAAGUGGCAACUAAACCAGAAUUUUUAGUUGCCAAGGAGAAAAUAUUAGUUGUGUUGGUGACCGUAUCAGUUGCAAUUUCGAGCCCUGCUAUACUUGAGGUUGUCAAAACUUGUCACAGAAACUGUCAGCAACAGUCCUAUGCGGGACUACAAUCACCCAGAUUCCACCUGGUUAUUAUGUAUUGUAAAAUAAAUGUAUAAUGAAUUUUUGUUGAAAAUUAAUUUAUAGCACCACACAAGUUUUACAUUGGAUUUCGUUAUGUGCAUCCCCUGACAGAGGACACUGUUGAUGAGAUGGAAAGGUAGGUGACUAGUUAUAUAAGAUUCAAUGUAAGAGUUGUUAUAGCAGCCAUAAAAAUCCUAAACGUUACGAAGAAAAAAAUAAGAAUACAGUGUUUUGUAUUUUAUCAGUAAAUCCAGGCCACAAAAGUUGAAUGCAAGUGUUACUGUUUCAUUCAUGCUGCGUUAAUCGUAAUUCUGUAGGGAUGGAAUAGAAAGGGCAGUAGCAUUCACUCAGUAUCCGCAAUACUCUUGUUCCACUACUGGAAGCAGUUUAAAUGCAAUCUACAGACAUUACCAGCAGAAAGGAGCUGUGCCAGCCAUUAAAUGGAGUGUGAUUGACAGAUGGCCAACACAUCCAGGCUUAGUUCAGGUAAAUAAGUAUCAAUAUGUGUUUGAUUAUAACUGGAUAUAUAAAUCCACUCCAAUUCUUCUCGGAAUUCGAAGGUUGUCAAUAUGAUUCUGGAAUGUGGUUCACAACUGAAAGUUUUCUGCUCCAUCCAUUUUUCAUGGCAGUUUCUAACAAACAUUUAAAACCUAAACAGUCCAAUACUAAGUUGAAUAUCCCUACUAGCUUGACUCUGGUCAUUGUUGGGAUAAAUUAUUAGCAAUUAAUGAAUUCGGCUUUCGUAGGAUAUGAAGAAUUAAGCAGAUCUCGGAGUGUGUUAUCCACCGAGGCCAAAAGUGUGUUAUCGGAAACACCCUCCGAGAUCUGCUUAAUUCUUCAUAUCCUACGAAAGCCGAAUUCAUUUAUUGCUUUAUUAUUUAUUCAGAGUAAUUCCUAUUUUAAAAACAUAGCUAAAACAUGCUUACCUGCAUCGAUGUUAAGUUCAUCUUCAAUAGUGUACGUUUAGGUUUGUCCAGCUCCGCAAAUAUUCUCCAAAUAGCAGAUGUUGCCCUCCGAGUUGUCUUCUUGCUGUUUUUGCUAUGUAUUUAGCUGUUAUUUCGCCUAGUUCCAACUGUAGUUCUUACUCUUGAAAUGAGUGAAGUGUCCUCCAUUUUUGUUUUCACAACCAAAACAACUCAACCUUGUCCCCAGGUCUUCUCGGUAAUGGUGCCUUAACCUGUAGCAGGCUGCAUUUCUGACGUCAUUUCCUCGUUAAACACAAAAUUCUUCCAAAUUUGGUCAUCAGGAAACUGGUUAUGGUGAAUUAUGCAUGUGCUUUUAGCCAAUCAGAAUUGGGGAAAAAUCUUAAAUGAAUAAUGAUAUAUUAACUUAAAAUCUAAACAGAACUUCACACUCUUGGGCCUCCUCUGCCAAUUUUUUUAGUCUCUUCCCCCUCCCCCUUACAGGAAAUGUCAUCAUUUUUGACAAAUAUGCCACUCCAGUGCUUUGUAUAAUGCGCUACUCAUAUAUGGAUUAAAGUGACAACAACAGGAAAAUUGCUUAGAAACGUCAGCGUGGUAUUUACAAGUUUCUAGUACUUUGCUGAGACUCUGUAACAGCCAAAUUCCAAGAAAUACAGGCAACAAAGGAAAUUCAAUCAACAUAUUUAGGAUUUUUAUGAAAUGAAUUUGUGUCAUAAAAUACUUCGCUACACAUGUAGCUUGUUUACUGAAUCUGCCAGGUGCAAAUAGCUUGUCCAAGAGAACACAUUUCUGUAUGAUUGGAAUGUCUUUGCAAUCCACUUAGCCUCCUUUUAAUUAUUUAGUGGUGGAUUGUUUUUUUAUUUAUUUGCCUAAUGUAGGCCUUUGCAGAAAAUGUUCAGGCUGAAUUAGCAAAGUUUCCUGCGGAUGCCCAGAAUGACGUAGUGAUUCUUUUCUCUGCCCACUCUCUUCCAAUGAAGGUAUUCUAACUCAUAUUUUUAUGUAUAAGACAUCACCAUGAAUGAAUUAUUUGAAUGUAUUAUUAGAUGAGAUUAGCAAUCCAGGCUUGAAUUUAACACCAUUGUAUCCUUACAUUACUGAUUUAUUACUUAGAUUUGUAUUUCAGUCGUAUCUUGGUACGUGUGCAUGUACAGUUUUAUUCUGUGUACAUGCAUUAUUUAUUUAUUUAAUUGAUGUGUACAUUUAUUUUGUUAAAUAACGUCCUAAUUUUACUUUGCGUUAUUUUCCUCACUUAUUUGUGUCAGGGACCACGGAGCAAGGUGAAAAGUGGCAGGGCUGACAAUUGAAAAUAAUUUUUUCAUAUUGAAAAUCGAAAAAAGGAAUAAAAUCAUAGUAUUUGAUUUGUUUCUGUCGCGUGACUUUGCAUACUUUAUCCAUUGUAUUUGUUGCUCUUUAUAGGUCGGCCAACAUACACGGUCAGUUCAGAUUCAAUGCAAGAAAAGACGCGAUUACAAUUUUAGUAUAGAAAAUACUACACUGAAGUGAUCUGAAAAAUUUCUAACUAUGGCCGUUCACUGUUCAAGUAAUGUAAUUCUUCUUGCCAUCGAAUAUUUCAUUGAUUGGAAAGGAGAAACUGACAAAAGAUAAAACUUUUAUCAACUCAAAACAACUACUCGCCUUCGUUUGGCUUGAAAAAGCUAGUAAUUUUCUUCAUUUCGUCUGAUAAAACUGAGAAAAAACUCUGCCGGAGCUGGAAGUACAAAACACGCUGCCGAAAGAAGCAAAGGGGUGGCCAAGGCAUGGCGUUUGAUCAAGGGGCAAGUUGGCCCCAGAGCACAAUUACCGCGAAAAGCACAGGAGCCCGCACAGGAGCCCCACAAAAUGCCUGGCGUUUGAAAUUAAAGAAAAUACAGAGAAUAUAGCGGAAUAUAGACGGAAAAAAACUUGUUUCAAGUCUUUUUUUUACUUUAAUUAUUUUUCUUUCUAACGCAAAAAGUGGGGGCGGGGGCGCAAAAAAGUGGUGGGGCCACGGCUCUACCAGCCCCUCCCCCUCCGCGGUCCCUGUGUGUUGUCCGUGACUGUGCUGGCAUUGUGGGUGGCUUCUUCUAAAAUGUUCUGCAAUUAUUAUUGGUAUAGGAUUUAAUACAAUUAUUGUGGAAUUGCACACAUUUUGGGCAUCCUAUAUAUGAACAGUAGACCCCACCCUUAGAAAAGGGGGGUGGGGCGGGCCUGGUCUCCAAAAACAUUUUUUCAGCCCUUUGGGCCUCAGUUUGGUCUAAAAAUAAGGGGGGAGGCAGGGUCUUAGAGCCCCUCCCGUGGAUCCGCCACUGCAUUAGGGUUCCAGAGCAAACAUCUUGGUGCUGCUAUGCAGAUGUUGCUAGCUGGGGUUAGAUAAAUUUUGCCAUGCAGGCUAGAUACCAGUCACCUUAACCCAGAUAAAUUAUUUGCCCAGUGAUACAUGGCUUGCCCUAUCUUUAGAUCAUUGUCAGUCUUUUCAGACAAUGCCUGUUUUUCAAAAAUAUGAUUUGCUGGACACUCAACCUCUCUAUGCCUUGUCUACAUAUUAUGAGAAACAACUCCGAUUUUCUAUAGGUUGUGGAGAGGGGCGAUCCAUAUCCUCAAGAGGUUGCUGCCACUGUUCAACGUGUGAUGGAGACCUUGGGCCACUCCCAUCCAUACAGACUUGUAUGGCAGUCAAAGGUCAGAAUAAUCUUAUUAUUUACCAAAGCUCUGUAUGGUUGCCCUUCUCGAAGGGGCCAGAGAUCAAGAGAAUCCAGGCAAAGUGAUAUCAAAUGCCCCUUCUGUCUGAAUCAGGUUAAUGCAACAAAAUGGAACGAAAUCCUGCUCAUUUUUACUUAGAUCAUAUCUCUUGAUCCUUACCUACUUUUUUUUAAGUGUCAUUAAAACACUCCCUUUGAACAGUGCUUCAGUAACUGGACAUUUAUUUUUGUUUUGCAAAACUUUACCUUGCCAUAUUUACUUGAAGGAGAACUGUAGCUCUUAGAAAAAUUUUUUGACUGGUCCGUAUUUGAUAAAGUUUGAUCUGUAUGCUUGAAUUGUUCCCCCUCUCUACGCUGCCUAUUCCCCCUCCUCGCGCGUCCCUCAUUUCGAGCUCUCAAGCGCCCUGAAUUCCCCCUUCCCUCUCCCCUUUUAACGCCUGCUGCGUAGGCUUCCCCUCUCAUAAAUAAAAUAUUUUACCUCUUAACUUAAGAAUGCUGAUCAUGACAAAAAUAGACCCGUUGUAUUGAUAUUUUUUUGAAACUAUAAUUGUGGGGGUAAUUGGUAAGUGUUUUUAUUGCAUUGUUUAGUAGAGCCAGGUAGUGGAGUCAUUAUGUUAUGUGUUUAUCGCACUGUAUCAUGUUAUGAUUUUGGGUCUUUGUUAGGUUGGUCCCAUGCCGUGGUUGGGACCUCAGACAGAGGAUGCCAUAAAGGGCCUUGCAAAGAAAGGAAAAAAGAACAUUCUGUUGGUCCCUAUUGCAUUUACCUCUGACCAUAUCGAGACACUUCAUGAGCUGGACAUAGAGUAUGCUGAGGAAGUAGCACAUGAGGUGUGUUUAGUGACGUACAUGUAACGCAUGAACGCUUUUCAUAACGCUUAACAUAUCACUAAUCCUCUAGCCUGCGUGCAGGCUCACUUAUGCGAGCUCGGGAAAAAUGUUUGGCGGCGGAGUCCCAAGCGGGAGAAGAAUGGGUGAUGGAGCCGCGUGGGAAAUUUCCAGAUCUGGGUAGUGACGCGUCAUCAGUGUGGAAUGUCUGCGCUCAUUUCUCAGACGUCACUUUACAGGGAAACCCGUAGUGGCAUCGCGAAUUGUUGGUUGUUUUCUCAGGCUAGGCCAGUGACAAAACGGCAAAUUGAGCAGCGGAGUUACGUUUAGUUCUUUCGCGUUCUUUUGCGUCCUCAUUUGUCGUUGCAUUGUCUUUGUUGUGGUUCAAUUUUAUGCUUGGUUUAAUUUUUUUUUUCAAACUCAUUAUCAUACAUUACCAUACCCCAAAAUAAAAGAAAAUAAAUUUAAACCAAGGAGAAAAUUAAACCACACUGUCUUUGUUAAAUCCGCCUAAUUUUAAGAAGGAGACCAUUAGAACUGAUAUAUCAACAGCCUCUUUUUGAGAUCCUUACUCUCUCUUCCGGCAAAAACAAGAACAAGAGGUAAAGAAACAGUUUUAUUCUGGCGGUAUUGUGGCGUUAUUUUUUUGCAGAAAGUUUGAAGGAACCAUAAGAACUGCUCUAUUAUAUGAGAAGAGAGCAAAAACGUAAUAUUAUGAUGUUAAUCUUAACUUUUUGCUUUUGCAGGCUGGUAUCGAGAACAUACGUCGAGCUGCUUCGUUGAAUGACAGUCCGACUUUUAUUCAGGUAGACGGAUAGAUAAGUAAAUUCUCCCUACAAGCACCCGCUGAGAAGUGACAGAAGAGCAUGUUAGGGAUUAUAAACCAUAACUGAUAAUUAUCACAACGACGUUACACAUGAGCAACAGGAACAAUAAAAAAUUAAUUCUAUGUGCAUCUUUGAUUCUCACACUCAUCAAGCUACAACUUGACUGGCACGUGGUCCGUAAAACUACUCUCGCACAUGCGCAUGCAUGCAUUGACCUUUUUAAACUAUUCUCUCAUGACAAUAAUAAAUAAUUUUUUUUGUUACUUUUACUCUUGUUUAGGCAAUGGCUGAUGUGGUAAAGUCUCAUUUGGACUCUGGAGUCAACUGCUCUCGCCAGCUUCCUCUCCGCUGUCCAAUGUGUGUGAACCCAACCUGUGGCCUCGCUAAAGAGUUCUUUCUCAACAGUGCAUUGUGAAAUGAUCAGAAUAGGGCUAAAUAGUAAAAACUUUCGCGCUCUCUCCUCCGUAAAGAGCCUUGAGCAAGGUCUUGACUGGUGGAAACAUAAAACUAAAAUCAAUAAUGGGUGCUUUCGUUUUGGACAAUUCUUGUUUCGUUCUUUACAGAUAGCAUGGGGAUAAAUGGAAAUGGAAAUUAAGAGUUGACGAUUGGCUUAGAGUAACUGAUGAAAUUACCACUUAUUGCUGAUUCGAGUUCUAAUGUUUGAGUAACUCGUUGUCAAACGUGGUCCUAUUAGAGAACUUUAGAUUUGAGGAUGAGAAGGACUACGAGUACGCGAUUUGAUUUAAUAUUUUUUCGCGUAUUGUGAGAAAAUACACACCCCGGAAAGCUUCAGUGUACUCUUUUUCACCAGAAAAGUUAGUACUGUUAUCUUUAUUGAAGGAGGUUAAGCCCUCUCCCGAUAACAAAAUGAUAAAACUUCCAACAUUUGAUGACUUGUUUCCGUCACUACAACAUUCUUGCUUAACUCUUGGUAGAAUGAAGACGGCUAUCACAUUUUCCGCCAAAAUCGCGUUGGUUCACGCGCACUCACUACUUAGUAUUGAGAAAAUCUAGUAGUCGUCCUCGUCUUAAAUCUAAAGGUCUCUAAUUGAAAUGCUUUACAUGCUUACUUCUGGUCUUUUUCCUCCUUUUUUUAGCCUGUGCCGGGCUGCAAGAUAGAAAGGAAAGAGGAUAGAGAAAAUUUGCACGAAAACCGCGUGGGGGCUGGUUAGAGUCGCGGAAGUUGCGGAAGUGCUAGCUUUGUUUUCUAUACCUCAUUCCGGUAUACCAGCUCCUGAUAUACCAUAUACCUGGCCAAUUUUGACAGUUUCCGUCAACAUCUACCUCAAUCAGUUAGCUUCGUGCACGCACAGUCAAACAAACAUGUCGUUUUUGGACGUUUUUCGCUCGCUGGCGUAAUCGCUGCUCGUCCGCUUUUUUCGUCUACUCGCUUUUACCGUCCAAGAGCCUGGCACAGGUUACCUUUUUCUAGAAUAAGGCAAGGUCAUGCAAUGCAACAGCACAGCAACUUUUCUCGCAUCUUUUGAAAACCUCGCACCUAAUCUACGAUGCUACAAAACAUUGUACUUUUGGAAGUAUGCGCGCAACAAUUCGUAGAAGACUCCAAAAAAUUUCCAUCCAACAUUGAGUGCUUUAAUGCAGACCUAACAACUGAAAAGCGACUGUGAUCAUGGUGUUGUCUUUUUUGGGUGAAAACGCGGAGAAAAACGGAAAAAUCUUUGUGCUUGGUUUUCAUUGAAGCUAAUUGACCUUGCGUUUGUGUGCGAUGUUGUAUCGUUUGCCCGCGCCUUGCUGUAGCCACGUUUUACGGUCAAGUGGUCAGUUUUGUAUUUCAUGGUCUCAGUAUUUCAUUUUUUACAUUUCUGCCUAGCGGCUGCCUCUAUUCCAAUUUCUAAAUCGAAUUAAUGUGAAUGCUAAGAGCGUUCUUUUCUGUAUGUAAAUGCAAACAUAUU